GAUUUCCAUGAAGAGCAGACUGACACAUGCGCAGUGUCGUCUGCAGAUAUUUGGACGUUGGCCGUCUUCAAGUUCUUAUUGAAGGCCUUUAAAGGAGUUAGAUGUUGGACCCGGUACCAGUUUGUUGGUUGGUUCCGAUGUUGGUCACCGUGUUGAGUUAGAAACUGAUGGUAGAUUAGUUUUUAACGGCCGUAGGUCCAUGUUGUCUCUCAGCUCCUCCGUCUUCCGGGACGCAGCGAGUCCUCGAUUCAACCCUGAGUUUCUCUCGACUAGAAAUAUUUAUUCAGCCUAAACUAGAGUCCGAGUUUCCAUCUAACCUCACGGAGAUCUAACAGAGUUUCUUACUAAAGUUAAACUGUUUUUCGGAGGAUUAAAACUCUCUGAGGAGUUCAAUGAGGAAAUGGCUCCUUUUCUAACUGCGUCCUCUACAUGGACUCUGCUGGUUUUCUGCUCCUUCAUGGCUGUUUCUGCUGAUCAGAGAAUCAUCAGAGCUGAACCUGGAGAAGAAGUCAUUCUGCCUUGUAGACCAGCUGAGAAGAAAGAUGUUGUAGUUGUAGAGUGGAUCAGAACUGAUCUGAAGUCAGAUCAAUAUGUUCUUUUAUACAGAGACGAGCAGUUUGAUCCAGAUGCUCAGUCUCCAUCUUUUAAGAACCGGGUGGAUCUGAAGGACGUGAAGAAUGGAGACGUGUCUUUGGUUCUGAAGAACGUGACGACUGAUGAUACAGGAAGAUAUGAGUGUCGAGUCGUUCAGAGAGGAAAUAAUCGCAGGAAGAGAUCCAAUCUGAAGACUAACCUCAUCAGCACCAUUGAUCUGAUAGUUCAAGGAAACAAGGAUGGAGGAAACGAGGAUGGAGGGAACCAGACUGGACUGAUAGUUGGUCUCUCUGUUGUUGGUGUGGUUGUUGUUGUUGUUGUUGGUGCUGUUCUGAUGCUCCGUAGAAAGCAGAUCCGUUCAUCACUGAAAUCUAACCCACCUCCAGCAGAAGAAGCUGAAGAUGAGAAUAUGGUGACAGGUCCAUAAAAGUAUGAUAAUCUAAGUCAACCUGUGAGAAGGUUUCAACUCACCAACAUGAAGAUAAAACUGAUUUCUGCCUGAUUGUUUCUUCCUGAUCCAGUCAGAGGUUCCUGAUGAUAUUAACACAAUCUAAAACAUGCUCAGAUUCAACCAGAUGCAUUUUAGGAAGCUUCUGACACUGGAAGCAUUUAUUUUAAACAUGUUCAUAUUUGAUUUUGUACCUUUUUAAAAUCAUCAGGUCAUAGAGCUCAGAGUUUAUAACCUGAAGCUUAAACUUGACGUUCUCGGUGCCUUUUAAAGCUUUUUUAGAACAAUUCAAAUAAGUUAGAAUGAUCUUUUUUCUUACAGUGAACCCUUCAUCCUUAUAUCCUCAUUGUUCUGCUUCUUCUCUGCUUUAUAAUACAAUAUUUGCUUUGAUAGAGACUCUUUUCAACAUGUGUUGUAAAUAUCAUGAGGUUACGGUCUAAAGCUGCCCCCUUGUGGCUGUUUUAAGCUAUUACUUUGCCUUUGUCCAAUGUAUGAAUUUAUUGUAUGUCUGUUUAUUUCACAGUAAAUAUUGCUUAUUGCUGCAUACUAAUAAUAAAUAUGUUUAUUUGUAUUUGAAAUGCAGAGCAACCACAAUGCAACAUAUUCAUCUGUACCUGCUGUUACGUGUGGAGUUAAUAAAGAGGCUUAAACAAA